AUGUUAGCGGAGCAAAACGCUGCCGAAGCGAGGCCGAGGUCGUUGGGAAGGUUCCGGGGACAGACUUUGCUGCUGGUCUUGGGCCUCUACGUCGUGAGCCGGCGGUUGGCGAGCUCCGCUCCUCUUCUUGGCGUUGGGGAACUCCAGGAGCUAGAAAACAGGAUCAGCCAGAGCAAGGUCUUCGUCGUCUCCAAGCAGUGGUGCCCGUUCUGCCAGCGUUUGAAGUCUGUGCUCGGCGAACUUGGCGUCGCCGCGGAGGUGCUGGAGCUUGAGGACAUGAGCAAGAAGCCACUGGUUAAAGACGAAGCAGCUGUCCUGGACUACAUGCAACAACGGACCGGCGCUCGCUCCGUGCCGCGGCUUUUCAUAGCCGGCAAAUUCAUCGGUGGUUGCGAUGAUGCUGUGACCAUGGCAAACUCCGGAGAGCUGCAGAAGCGGCUGAAAGAGGCCGGAGCUUUGUGA